AUGGCACCGAGGACGACUGCCGGUGUAGAAGGCUUGGGGCCCACCACCGUCAAUAUUGCCGAGAGAGAAAGCAGCGGAUGUAGCGAUGGUUCAGCCUUCCCUGCUGCUGCUGCUGCUGUUGCUAACAAGAAUAAACGAGGUGAGAAAGAUGAUUCGUACACUCGACUAUGGCAUGCAUGUGCUGGUCCUAGUGUUUAUGUUCCGCGCCCCGGAGAGAAGGUUUUCUACUUCCCUCAAGGUCACAUGGAACAGGUCGAGGCAUAUGCAAACGAAGAUGGCAAAAUGGAAAUGCCAAUUUACAAUUUGCCUUCCAAGAUCCUCUGCAAUGUUGUCUGCGUUCUGCUAAAGGCUGAAGUUCACACAGAUGAAGUGUUUGCUCAAAUCACCUUGCUUCCUCUGACUGAGCAAGAACAGCUAAGUUUAGAUGAAGAAAAUAAUCAACCCGUGCCUCAGAGCACCAGUACACGCUCCUUUAGCAAGACACUCACCCCAUCUGACACAAGCACUCAUGGUGGAUUCUCUGUUCCGAAACGACAAGCUGAUGAGUGCCUUCCACCUCUGGACAUGUCUCAGCAACCACCAGUACAAGAACUCAUCGCAAGGGACUUGCAGGGAUUUGAGUGGCACUUUCGCCAUAUAUUUCGCGGUCAGCCAAAGAGGCACUUGCUUACCAGUGGUUGGAGUACAUUUGUGACUGCAAAAAGACUUGUUGCUGGGGAUGCAUGUAUCUUUGUCAGAGGAGAAAAUGGAGAGUUGCGUGUUGGGAUACGCCGUGCGAACAAAAAACAGGACAAUGCAUCAACUGCUCUCAUUUCAGGCCACAGCAUGCAACAUGGCAUACUUGCCAGUGCUUUCCAUGCCAAUUCUACUGGUACCUUGUUUACUGUGUACUAUCGUCCAUGGACCAGUCCUGCUGCAUUUAUAAUUCCUUGUGAUCAAUACAUGAAAUCAGCAAAAAAUGACUACUCUAUUGGUAUGAGAUUCAGAAUGUGUUUUGAAGGUGAUGAAUGUGCAGAGAAAAGAUUGGCGGGUACUAUAUUAGAUAUUGAAGAUAAUGAUUGUAUCAGGUGGCCCCGUUCAGAAUGGAGGUGUCUGAAGGUCCAAUGGGAUGCCUCAUCAGAUACAAACUUGCAUCCUGAAAGGCUUUCUCCUUGGAAUAUCAUGCCUCUCCAACCUAAUAAGAGAGCACAUGUUCCUGAUCUGAUAUCACCUGGGUUUCCUAACUUGGCCACAAAUGGCUUAUUGCCAAUUCCAGUUGAGUAUACACCUCCAAGACAAAAAAAGGUCUUUCAAGGUCAAGAAAUUAGUGACCCACCUGCUCAUGAACCGGGUACUCAAAAACCACCAUUACUACCGCAGUUCAUUCCACCAUCAAAUCCUGACUGGAACUAUACACAAUUGGGAUUGGAAAACAAUCCAUUGCAUGACCCACUGUUUCAAUGUCCUGGCAGUGCAAUAGCUCCAAGUCUCACUAACCAAUGGCCACCAAUAUUUAAUUUUGGAGUCUUGGACAGUGUCGCGUUUAGAAGAAGCAUGUCAGUUCCAAAUAUCAAAUCCUCUGGGUCCCAGGACUCGAGGGCCUUCAAACCAAGGAGUGAGAUUGAAGCACCCCUUGUCCAACCAAAUAGCCGUGGUACAACCAUGCUGUUUGGAGUCAAUAUAGUUACUAGUCACCCGGAGCUCCCUUCACCACAAGUUGUCACUUCUAGUGAACUUUUUAGUCCUUGUUCUAUUACUCCAAUAUCUCAGUCGAGUGUUUCUGAAACUAUCCAGAUUUCAGAGACAUCUAAGAGUGUUUCUGGUGUUCUUUCUGCGAAACAAUGCAAGAACUGUUGCUCUGUCACUAACAGGAGCUGCAUAAAGGUGCUCAAAUAUGGAGCUCCUGUUGGAAGGUCGGUGGACCUCACACGCUUUGAUGGGUAUGGUGAACUCAUUGCUGAGCUUGACCAGAUGUUUGAUUUCAAAGGAAGCUUGAUCGAUGGAAGCAGUGGGUGGCAGGUAACCUAUAUGGAUGAUGAAGGAGACAUGAUGCUGAUAGGAGAUUACCUGUGGCAUGAAUUCCAGUCCAUGGUGCAAAAAUUGUACAUCUGUCCAAAGGAAGAAAUCGACAGACUGAAUCCAGGCUCGCCAAAUGCAACAUCCCUCUAA